ACUUCCGUUUCUCUUGCCUGUGAAGGACCUUGACUUGUAGAGAGAAUAGCCACGACCUUGACCUUCGCCGGCCAAAGGAAAUCGUACCGAUGGUUUUUUCCUUGGUAAUGACCACGUUAGUGAAACGAACUGAAUCCUGUUUGUCGACUGUGGCCGAAGCGGUUAGAAAGGUGAUGUCGGUGGAAACGCAAUUCCGAAUUAAUGACAAUGAGAGUUAUCCCCCUUUACAGACCUCACCAGGGUACUCCGUGUCAAGUGAUGGCUACCAGCCAAACAAGCCCCUCUCGGAGAGUAAUUUUCAGCCAAUCAAACCUCUGACUAACAGCACCACGCCGAGUCAGAGAGAGUCUGAACAACUGGAUGAUUCUGACCAACACCACCACGUGAGCGCCCUCAACUCUGGGACGCAGGACAGCACUGACCUGCCCCCUGGUGGAGAUCAGCGGAAACAGGCCUCGCCGUCAUACAGCGACUGCUACACAUCAGACUCUUCCUGUGCGGCAACACCAAUGAAAUGGGAGCCAACGUCGCCUCAAGGUCCGACGACGCCUGGUAGCAAUCCGUUUAACUCGCUGGGUCCAUUUCCUUCAUUCUCCAGACAAGGAGCUAGAGGCAGCCUUCAUCACCGCAAAGACCAUAAUGGAAUGGACUUAUACUUCUGUCAUCUCUGCAGCUUCACAGGUACGUCAAAGGAGAUUUUCUCCGCACACAUGAAUACUCACUUUGAGCACAGUUGUCCGCACUGCGAUUACACCUCCAGGACUGAAGGUCGCCUGAAAACGACACAUAAGGAUUUUCACAGCACAAGCCCACCUGAGAACUACUCUGGCAAUAAGACAGCCAAAGCUAUGCCUGGCAGGCCGAAAGUUUACCGGUGCAAACAGUGUGAAUUUGUGGCCACUGAAAAGAUGGAUUUCUGGGCUCAUGCAAGAACCCACAUCAAAGAAGACAAAUUGCUCCAGUGCCCCAAAUGCCCUUUUGUGACGGAGUAUAAGCACCACUUGGAGUACCACCUGCGAAACCACUUUGGCUCAAAACCGUUCAAGUGCUCAAAGUGCAACUAUGCCUGCGUCAACAAAUCCAUGCUGAACAGCCACAUGAAAUCACACACGAAUGUCUACCAGUACAGGUGCGCAGACUGCACCUACGCCACCAAAUACUGCCACAGUCUGAAGCUACACCUGCGCAAGUACAAUCACAAGCCCGCCACGGUGCUCAACUCCGACGGAAGCCUGCCUCAGGGACUGGAUGCAGAAGCUGCAGGGCUGUCCCUCAUGAUGAAGAGGGGUCCUCCUAGAGGGCCGCGUGGACCGAGAAAGGACAAGCUGGAAGCAUACCUGGGUCAGUUGAUGUCCAUGCCACCACUGGGCCCACGACCAGGGAUGAAUGGAUUGAUCUCACCAUAUUGGCCACUCCUAGGUCAGUUCCCAGGAGGAUUCCAUCCUCCCCCUCCCCUCAUUCCUGUCUCCGCUCCUGGGGGAGGAGGAGGAGGAAGUGGCGGAAUACUGAAUGCUCUACCUCAUCACAAGCCACACGGAACUGGUGUCAGCGGUGGAAUGUGCAACCAAGAUCAGCUCACUCUCAAAUGCACGUUUUGCUGCUUCAUGACUGUAGAUAAGGAUGAACUCACGGGACACAUGCUGAAGGUCCACGCAUCAGAAAACCAGGAUCUCUUCAAUGCCUUCGGGAUUUCCUCUGACUCCCUCCUGGAAGAGCAAAAACAACGGCCACAAAGGGCUGAGAAAGAGCAAGGGGACCACCCAGCGGAUUUCUCCAAGAAGCCUGCCAAUGAGCGUCCACUGUCACAGCCGACUGAGGGUCUGAGCAUGACAGAGAGCCUGCACAUCCGUACUGACACAGGCGAUGAGGUGACCAAAUCCAGCCCACGAUCCUGGCCCCCAGCGUCCUCCGAAACCUUGGAGAAAGAAAACAUGAAUAGCUGCAAGAGCAUGCCCGAACUCUUCUACCUCAACGAAAUGAAAGUGUCUGCAAUGUCAUCAGAAGUGAACUCCAACGGUGACACUUCGGACAUCUUGCGCCAGAUGACACUUAAAUUUGGCGGGUCAGUUUCCUCUGCAGUGAAAGAGAACAAAGAAUGUCCCCUCGAUCUCACCAAACCCAAAAUGAUGACAGCAGCCAGUUAUUACGUUGCUUCAAAACGCACCUAUGAGCACAUGGAAGCCUCUGAUUUGGUACAGGAGUCUGGUGUUGUGGCAGACAGCUCAAAUAUCUCUGAUGCCCCUUCACCUUCGCCAAGGAAGCGGUCCCGCAAAGGAAAAGCAUACAAGUUGGACACCAUCUCCUGGAAGCUGCAGGGAAUGUCAUCAGAACAUGACUCAGCCAUUCAGGAAGACACUGCCAGCACGGGUAGCCAUGACGAUGGAGAUGACGGUGCAGACAACUCUGACCACUACUCAGAAAAAGAGUUCAAUGACUACACGACAAGGAACAGGGCAGACUUGAACACGUCCGAGGAAAAAGAUGAUUUUGCGGACAGUAAAAUAACUGAUACCUCAACGCCCAUUCCCAAUAGGAGAACAGGCAAUAAUGGAUCCUCAUUUGGAGGCAGGGACUUGGAACAGAUUCACAACAGUCUCAAGAUUUUGAACGAGAAAGACGGUCUUCACGCAGAAGAUCGCUGUCCCUCUCCAGUCUCCGAUCUCAGAAGAUGCAGCAUGGGUUCCAACCUGGGCAUCCCUGACCUGCCCGUCAUCAGUAGGUCUGGACCAAGAAGCCCCUCUGAUUUCAAAGAGCAACACAAAUCCAUGUAUGGUCCCAGGAACUCUGCUACACCAGCCGCAGUGCGCAAGGGAGCAGAAAUCGCGUGGAAGAUCCUGCAUCCUGAUCAACAAGCUCCUGCCAUUCCGUUCCAGAAUGGGAGUGUGCCUCAGGGUUUCAAUGCUAGUGAGGUUCCCAUGUCAAUGCCACCGGCUGGAAAUUUCCCCAAUAUGUGCACCAGACUGCCACCAUCACAGAAGCUUCCUACCAAGGUCAAUGGGGUGAAUGGAGCCGUCCAUGCGGGGUCGGUGGGGCGCAAGAGCGGGCGUCAAGGAAGCGAGAAGUACGAGUGCAGCUACUGUGAGAUCGCAUUCCGUGACUGUGUCAUGUACACUAUGCACAUGGGUUACCAUGGCUACCAAGACCCUUACAAGUGCAAUAUGUGUGGGCACCAGUCACGAGACAAAGUAGAUUUCUUCUUGCACAUCGCUCGUGCGGCGCAUGCAUAAGUUUGCGCUACUAUGGUGCAAAAGACAAUCAUGAUCGCCCCUAUGUUUGCGGUGCGAUGAGGUUUGCGAAGUGUUGUUGCAACUAAUUACUGGGAUGUGAAGAGUCCUGAAUUCUGACUGGAAUUAAGGUUAAGAAAAGGGAUCUGUGUAAUAUCGAUAGGCAGUAGAUGCCACCCAUAAAUUCUGCCAGCCAAUCUUUGCCAGCUAGUGUGUUGCUUAAUUACAGAUCAUGCUUUGUGGGAAGAUCUAAGAUGCGAAGAGUGAUGAAAGAGACGAUAUUAUCACCCUACAGAGAAAUAUUAAAGAAAGUCCCAUUCAUAUACCUUAUUUUCUAUGUCAAUGUACGCGCGCCGUUUCUACCUCAAUAGCUUC